AUGCUACUGGCAAACGUGGAGAGGGCCUAUCUGUUACUAACGGCGAUCCACGUUCUACUCGAUAAGGGCGCCGACGGUGAGACGUUCACCCUCGGCUACAUCACCGGCUCGAAGAGACGUCCAGGGGACUUGGAGUAUCAGCGCCCUGGUUACCGGAUAUCCGGCGCCAUAUCGCUCGCCGUGGAAGAGGUGAACGCAGGUGAGCUGGGUCGACGAGGGCACAAGCUCGAUUUCCUGGUCGCAGAGACUUAUGGCGAGGAGGAGACCAGCAUCCUGAUGACCGCCGAUCUCUGGACGAAGAACAUCAGCGCGUACAUCGGUCCCCAGGAAACCUGCAUCCACGAGGGAAGAAUGGCUGCCGCGUUCAACCUCCCAAUGAUAUCUUACUUCUGCACGCAUCGCGACUCCUCCGAUAAGAAGGAGUUCCCUACGUUCGCGAGGACCAGGCCACCUGACACGCAGAUCUCCAAGUCGGUGGUUUCCGUGUUGAUGGCGUUCAAUUGGACCAAAGUGACGUUCAUGUAUAUGAACUCAACGCUGUUCGAGUUCAACAAAAUGUCGACGAUCGCGGAAACCAUACUGUCGUCGUUCGAAGCGGCCGGCGUGACAGUGAACUUCCUUCGUUGCUGGGAAGAACCUUAUCACGUCACUCACAUGACCAAUCCGUUCCACGAGCACGUCAGCGAGACGUAUCGGGAAACAAGAAUUUACGUGAUUCUAGGGAAUUACUAUGAGCACAUGGGGCUGCUGAUGGCUCUGGACGAACGGAAGCUCUUGGAAAAAGGCGAAUACUGGGUGGUCGGUGUCGACAUCGAGCAGUACGACGAGAAACGACCGGACAAGUACUUCCGCGGGUUAUGGCAGAAGAAGACCAACUCGUCGAUCCUGAAGGCGUAUCGUAGCUACUUCAGCGUAGUCGCUACUGCUUCUAUCUACUCGAAGAAUUUCACUAGGAUGGUGAACGCGUACAGACAGAAACCGCCCUUUAAUUUCUCUAAUCCACUGGCGAACGUCGGUGGAAUUGUUCAGAUCGUGCCGGAGACGGCGUACCUGUACGAUGCGGUGCACCUCUACGAGAGAUCGCUGCUGAAAGCUCUAGACGAGAAUCGGGAUCCACGGAACGGUCGAGAGAUGGUGUCGACCCUGUACGGUGUUAAUUAUCGAAGCGCCAUGGGGUACAUGGUCUACAUGGACGAAAACGGCGACGCUGAAGGCAAUUACACUCUGAUUGCGUUGGACAAUCGGCCGACAAAGGGACACGGUCUAUACCCCAUAGCGUACUUUGUGGGAAAGGAGAACGGCACGAACUUGCCAAAACUUCGAUUGACCAGGGACAUUUCGUGGAUCGGCGAUGGACCGCCGAUCGCGGAGCCACACUGCGGGUACCAUGGCGAGAAAUGCACCUCUCACACGGGAGAGAUCGUGGGAGGUAUAGCCGGUGGAUUUCUGUUGAUCAUCAUGGCCGUGAUCCUGGUGCUGUACAGGAACUGGAAGUACGAACAGGAACUGGAUUCCUUGCUGUGGAAGGUGAACUACAAAGAUAUUCAGAUCAAAGAACAGAAGGACGAGUCGGCGGGAGUGAACGAGGCGUCUACCAAAUGCAAUCCCAAGACGACGACGCAGCCAAUAGUGAGAACGAGUCAGGUGUCUUUGAGCUCGAAUCCAGACGCGGAUUUCCGCUACUCGAUGAUCUACACUCAGGUAGGCGUGUACAAGGGACGGAUAUUCGCCGUGAAGAAAGUUCGUAAGAAAUCGAUCGAGAUCACCCGUGAAAUGAAGAAGGAGCUGAAAGUGAUGCGCGACUUGCGACACGAUAAUUUGAACGCUUUCAUCGGUGCGUGCACCGAUCCGCCAAAUAUAUGCAUCGUCGUGGAGUAUUGUGCGCGUGGAAGUCUCAAGGACAUCUUGGAGAACGAGGACAUGAAGCUGGAUAACAUGUUCAUGGCGUCUCUGGUCGGAGAUAUAAUCAGGGGUAUGAUCUAUCUGCACGAGUCGGUCAUAAAAUAUCAUGGCUCGCUGAGUACGUCGAACUGCCUGGUGGACUCGCGAUGGGUCGUUAAAUUGGCGGACUUUGGCUUGCACGAAUUCAAAAAGGACGCGGAAUGUGAGCCCUGCGACGUCAUGAAGAAGUAUCACGGUCUGCUGUACCGAGCUCCAGAACUACUGAGAUCGACGAAAAGUCAAGAUCCAACGGUGAGAGACUAUCAAAGAGCAGACGUCUACUCGUUCGGGAUAGUUUUAUACGAGCUGCAAGGACGACACGGUCCUUUCGGGAUCACGGAACACUCCAACUCGGAGAUAUUGAAGAAAAUAAUCACGAAGGAGCAGGGAACCGAGUGUUUCAGACCACCGUUGGACCAGUUGGAGAACUGUUUCCAUUUCGUGAGGGAAUGUCUGAUAGAGUGCUGGGCGGAGGAUCCUGAGAUUCGACCAGACUUCAAGAUCGUCAGGAACAAGCUGAGGCCGCUGAGAAAGGGCAUGAAACCAAACAUAUUCGACAACAUGAUGGCAAUGAUGGAGAAGUACGCGAAUAACUUGGAAGCAUUGGUGGACGAGAGAACGGACCAAUUAACGGAGGAGAAGAAGAAAACAGAUGCUCUGUUGUACGAAAUGUUGCCGCGUUACGUGGCCGAACAGCUGAAAAGAGGACACAAAGUCGAAGCUGAGAGCUUCGACUGCGUGACCAUUUAUUUCAGCGACAUAGUUGGCUUCACGGCGAUGUCUGCUGAGAGUACACCUUUACAGGUGGUGGAUUUUCUCAACGAUCUGUACACCUGUUUCGACUCGACGAUAGAAAAUUACGACGUGUACAAAGUGGAGACGAUCGGCGACGCUUACAUGGUGGUAAGCGGUUUACCAAUUCGAAACGGUAUUCAGCACGCGGGAGAAAUUGCCAGCAUGUCCUUGUGCCUCCUAGACGCCAUUAAACAAUUUACCAUUCGACAUAGGCCGCUCGAAAAGUUGCAACUACGAAUCGGUAUACACUCGGGUCCAGUGUGCGCCGGUGUCGUAGGCCUAAAAAUGCCUCGUUACUGUCUCUUUGGGGAUACCGUGAACACUGCUAGUCGUAUGGAGUCUACGGGAUCUCCUCUAAAAAUCCACUGCAGCAAAGAGACGAAGGCUCUCCUAGACCAGCUAGGCGGAUUCAGCGUGAUAGAGAGAGGCCUAGUUUCCAUGAAAGGCAAAGGCGAGCGUCUAACCUACUGGUUGAUCGGCGAGGACUGUGUCCUGCGCGAAGAACGUACCAGAGAACGUGAAAACCGUCGAAGCGGUUGUGCAAAGAAGAACAGCACUACGAAUCCUCUAAUCCCGCGAAGUUCCCUCAAGAACAAAUCCCUAGUUCGAUCCACCUUCAUGAGGUGUUCCAGCGAAUCGCCGAAACGGUUGCGUUUCGCCAGUUCCGAUCAGUUGGAUCAAAAGUGUUCACGCGUGAACAGCCAGUUAGAAUCGAUCGUCGACAACAGUCCGUGCAAGCCGAAGAUGUCCUCCGCGAGCAGGCCGUCCUGCAUCGACACGUGGAGAUCCUCGAGCAAUUCUUGCCCGUGCGUGGAGAAACUGUGCGAGCAAGAGGCUGAAAUGGACGCGAAAGAUCUGACGCGACAACGGUUGCAGCCUGUCGGGGGCAACGCGUUGCUUCGUGCAAACUGGACGAUCGGGAACGAGCCGUACUUCCCGCGAGGAGGAGCCAAGAACUUCCGGCUUGGGAUCACGCAGACGACCUGCAGAUCCGCGCCCAGCAGCCCGAGGCACAGCACGUUGAUCUUAAAUUGUCAGAGGCGAGCAGCGCAGUCGAGCGAAGAGAUAGACGGAUGGGACGCUACAACGCCACUGAUUUAUUAUCCGGGAGGACGAUUGGAUUAA